CCGUGUGGUGCGUUCCCCUCACCGCUCUUUUCUUUUACACUCUGACUCACCUGAGGCUGUCAGAGGGCUGCCACACUGAGCGGGCUCUGACCCUGCAGAAGGCUCUGUGGGGCUGCAGGGCUGCUGGGGUGUGCAGGAGCUGGCAGCACGGCAGUGACUCGUGGCUGUUGUCCCGCAGCUCCAGCGCGGUGCUGCAGCACCUGACGGCGCUGCUGGAGUGCAGCGCGGCGGCCGUGGUGACGCUGCUGCUCAGCCAGCCCGUGGGCUCCCUGCACAUCCGCUCCUGCCCCGUCAAGAAGCUCUCGGACUGGUACACCAUGCUCUACAACCCCAGCCCCGACUACAUCACCACCGUGCACUGCACCCACGAGGCUGUGUACCCGCUGUGA